CAGAAGGAGGGGGACACCUUCUAUUGGGUGUGUAGUAUUUAUUGAAGGAGUCUCAUCUUGGUAUGUACACACCUUUCUCUCCCUUCACUGUAGAAACAUCAAGCAAUGGAAAACCCAGGAGCAGGAUCAGUGGGGAACGUGCAUCGGCCUGCCAAUGAAGAGGUUCAAAGAUGUUUGCAGCCCUUUUCGCUGUCCAUUGGACAAUUGGAGAAGGUGAGGGAUUUGAUGCUGGGCAAUAUGGAGAGAGGACUGCAAGUAAAUCCAGAGAAGCAGUCAACUUUAAAAAUGCUUCCUACAUAUGUCCGCUCUACUCCAGAUGGCACAGAAUGUGGUGAUUUCAUGGUACUGGAUCUGGGAGGAUCCAAAUUUCGGAUUCUCAAGGUAAAGUUAAGCCGUGCUUCUGGAGUGGAGAUGGACAAUGAAGAAUUUGAUAUAUCGGAAGAAAUUAGAACUGGAACAGGUGAACGGCUGUUUGACCACGUUGCUGAUUGCCUUGGCCGUUUUCUUCAACAUCGCAAUCUCAGUGAAUCGGUUUUCCCCCUGGGAUUCACCUUCUCAUUCCCUUGUGUGCAGAGUCAGCUAGACAAGAGUGUACUUAUCUCUUGGACUAAAGGUUUCUGCUGCUCUGGCGUUGAGGGCAAAGAUGUUGUCCAGUUACUAAAAGAUGCCAUCCAAAGACGUGGGGAUUAUAAAGUGGAUGUUAUUGCCAUUGUCAAUGACACAGUUGGAACAAUGAUGAGUUGUGGCUACAAGGACCACAGCUGUGAAGUUGGAUUUAUUGUGGGUACUGGUACCAAUGUCUGUUACAUGGAGGAGAUGGGCAAUGUGGAAGCUUUGGAAGGUGAUGAAGGUACAAUGUGCAUCAACAUAGAAUGGGGAGGAUUUGGAGAUGAUGGGACACUAAAUGAUAUUGUGACUGAGUAUGACUCACAGGUGGAUCAAACAUCCAGAGUACCUGGAAGGCAACGCUUUGGUAAAAUGAUUGGUGGAAUGUAUAUGGGAGAAAUUGUGCGUCAUGUGCUAGUCAAACUGACCAACCAGGGAUUACUCUUUGGUGUGUCAGCACUGAAGCUUCUUAACAAAGCAACCUUUGGAAUGAAGGAUGUGUCGGACAUUGAGAAUGACAAUUUUCCUUUUGAAAAAACUAAAAGUGUUUUGGCUGUCUUCGGUCUAAAGCCAAAUGAAGAGGACUGUGUCCGGGUAAAGUGUGUGUGCUGCGCGGUGUCUUUGAGGUCUGCUAGGCUGUGUGCUGCUGGACUUUCUGCAGUUGCCAACCGCAUAAAGAACAAUAGGCCACAUCAUCUGGGUAGAGUCACAGUGGGCGUCGCUGGAUCUGUAUACAAAACGAACCCAAAAUUUGGUGAACACCUCAAUGAAGCUUUGAAAGAGCUUGCUCCAGGAUGCCAAAUUAAAUUUUUGGUUUCCGAGGAUGGAAGUGGAAAGGGCACUGCCAUUGUGACGGCUGUAGCUCAAAGGCUUGCAACCCAGAGAAAGCACAUUAAUGAAAUCUUGGCCCCAUUUCUAAUGUCCCUUGCAAAGCUAAAGGAGGUUCAAAGUCGCAUGCGUAAUGAAAUGGAGAUUGGUCUACAUAAGCAGACACAGCCUGGAGCCACUGUGAAGAUGCUUCCCACCUAUGUGCGUGCUACACCAGAUGGAACAGAAGUUGGAGAAUUCAUUGCUUUGGAUUUAGGUGGUACCAAUUUCAGAGUAUUGUGUGUAAAUGUGGGCUUGAAAAAUGAAGGUGGCGUGCAGAUGAAGAGCAAGACCUUUACCUUGCCUACAGAAGUGAUUCAAGGGACUGGAGAAGGGCUGUUUGAUCACAUUGUGGACUGCAUCACAGAAUUUCAGAAAGAAAAUGGCCUUCUGGGAAAGAAACUACCUUUAGGCUUCACAUUUUCCUUUCCCUGUAAACAGACAAGCCUUGAUCAGGGAAUCCUAAUUUCAUGGACAAAGGGUUUUAGCGCAUCUGGAUGUGUGGGGGAAGAUGUUGUCAGGCUUCUUAGGGAGGCAGCCAAUCGAAAAAACAACCAUGAUUUCCGUGUGGUAGCAUUAGUGAAUGAUACAGUAGGAACAAUGAUGUCCUGUGGAUAUGAUGAUACAGCCUGUGAAAUUGGUCUGAUCGUUGGAACAGGGACUAAUGCUUGUUAUAUGGAAGAGAUGAGGAAUGUGGAAGUGUUGGAAGGUGGCGAGGGACGGAUGUGUAUCAAUAUGGAGUGGGGGGCUUUUGGAGACAAUGGGUGCCUUGAUGAUAUUACCACUUCAUUUGACAACGAUGUAGAUAAGUUCUCAAUAAAUCCAGGAAAACAAAGGUAUGAGAAGAUGAUCAGUGGGAUGUACCUAGGAGAGAUUGUGCGCCAGGUCCUAAUUGAACUUACAAAGGAUAGGAUUUUAUUCCGUGGUAAAAUUUCGGAGCAGUUAAAUACCAGAGGCCUCUUUCCUACAAAGUACUUAUCUCAGAUUGAAAGUGAUAGUCUGGGACUCCUGCAGGUCCGAUCCAUUCUAACAAAGCUAGGUCUGAACAGCACAUGUGAUGAUACGCUUAUAGUGAAGGAGGUAUGCACUGUAGUGGCCAAGAGAGCAGCUCAAGUGUGCGCUUCCGGCAUUGCUGCUGUUGUUGAGAAGAUGAGAGAAAAUCGGGGCCUUGAUCAUCUGAAAAUCACUGUAGGUGUGGACGGAACUUUGUAUAAGCUGCACCCCCACUUUGCUGGCGUGCUUCAGAAGACUGUGAAACUGUUGGCCCCCCAGUGUGAUGUUUCUUUCCACCAAUCUGAAGAUGGUUCUGGUAAAGGGGCAGGCCUAAUUACUGCUGUUGCCUGCCGCGUUUCUGAUGCUGAGCCACGGGCAGCUUAAACAAAAGAAAAAAAAAAGUAACAAAACUCAAGACACUUUAGGAAAAGGGGAAUGGGCUCCCGAAGUACUGUUGGUGCAUCCUGAAUUGCUGAUUCAGAGCCACAGACUGUCUAAAUAAAUUGCAAUAAAUGAAUAUUUUGUCUUGCAAAACUUUUACUUCAACGUUAAAUAACUUUAUAAAUGUUCUAUUUAUAUGGAAUAUUGUGUAAAAAAAUAAAUAUUUUUGAAUAGA